AUUCGCGCACAGCGAGAGUUUUAUCUCUGGUCUUUGACUCUAUGCUCAUUACACUUAUUACAUUCUAGCUGCUACCCAUUAGUCUUUGAAGAUUCAGCCAGAUUUUGAGAUGGUAGGGUUACGUCAUACAUACGUCACAAUCCUGGGUGUGAUACUCAUCUCCUAUGGCAUCAUACUUAACAUGCUUGGUGCUAUUGCAUCAUUUCUACAUCCGGGUUCUUAUCAUCAUGGUGCAAUGGGAACCCCUAUGUGGGUUGGUCUAGCGUUCAUCAUGUUUGGAGCUAUAAAUGCUGUUAAAGGGCUGGAAAGAAAUCCCCAAAAGCGCGGUAUUUCACUGGUUCUACCUCUAACCAACUUUCUAACCAUGAUAGUAUCAUCUCUGUGUAUUGCUUUGACCUCAUGGUCGAUGUCAGCACAGGGUAUCGCCAUCAUUCCCAAGCACCCGGUCACUGAGUUCAGUGUGACGUCACAGCAGAACACUACGAAUGGUGAUGAUGAUAGGGUAUCUGACCUUCAGCUGUCAUUGAUACCAAUCUACUCCACCAUUAUCUCAUCAUGCAUUAUCAUCAUUCCCAUGGCAUUCAUCAGUUUGUGUAUAGACUGUAUAGGUAUCAUAAUCCGGGCGAGACCAGCUAUUGCAGCUGAAGUGCAUCAUGGGAAGGGAUUCGAUGAGAGGGAUGAAACAGGAAAAUCAUACCCCAUCGUUGAAGAUGAAACAGCACCUCAAUAUCACCAUGGCAACGCAAUAGGUGAGGUAAUGUAUGGUAAUACGCCUCCCGUGCAGUCCAUACAAGUUGUGAAAACCAUCGAAAGACCACGAUUCCAUCAUCACAUGGAGCCUAUUGAAGAUAACCAUCGAGGUGCGCUUCAAUACCACGCCCAUCAUAAUCAACAUGACGAUGCCCACCAACCAGGCCACGUCUAUCAACCAGGCCACACCCAUCAACCAGGCCAAACCCAUCAACCAGGCUAUGGACAAUCUAAGAGCAGGCACACCACCACGCAUCAACCUGAACCAAAUGAGAGAGAUCACAGGGUCAAGAAAUAUCCAAUACAGCCCAACUCAGCACCAGACCUGCGAGAAACAGAGAGGGCGGCAGAGCGACGUCCUAAUCCAUACUUCUAUUUGUGAGUUAAGACGAGAUGAGAAACAGAGAGGGCAGCAGAGCGACGUCCUGACCCAUACUUCUAUUUGUGAGUUAAGACGAGAUGAGAAACAGAGAGGGCGGCAGAGCGACGUCCUAACCCAUACUUCUAUUUGUGAGUUAAGACGAGAUGAGAAACAGAGAGGGCGGCAGAGCGACGUCCUAACCCAUACUUCUAUUUGUGUUGUUGUUGUUGUUGGGUAAUUGUUUAUUGGCGUUCAUUCAAUAUUGAAUAUAUACGCCAUAAUUAUCUUUAAUUUUAUAAGGAAAAUCAGUUAUAAAUAAGAAAACUGAGGAUAA